CGCCACCACCACCUCCUCUACCACCAUCACCGCGCUUCACACAGGACCAUGGCAGUGCUCUCGGGCUCUUCUCUCAGCUCCCUCCUGCUCAUCACCGGGCUCUCCGCCUGGUCUGUGCCUCCUGCAGAGGGCUUCCACCUGCCGCGCUGUGAGCUGUUGAACCAGACGGUGUCUCUGGAGAAGGAGGGCUGUCCUCGCUGUCACACUGUGGAGACCACCAUCUGCAGCGGCCACUGCCCCACCAAGGACCCUGUGUUCAAAAUCCCGUUGGGUCACGUGUACCAGGACGUGUGCACGUACAGGGACUACUUCUACCGUGAGCUGGAGCUGCCAGACUGCCCCCUGGGAGUGGACCCCGUGGUGCGCUACCCGGUGGCCCUGAGCUGUCACUGCGGCCGCUGCUCCAUGGACACGUCCGACUGCACCUUCGAAAGUCUCCAGCCCAACUUCUGCACCAACGACAUCGCCUUCUACUACUGA